CUCAGGUUUGUCCUUCAGGUUAAUGUUGAUGGUUUCAUGUCUGAAACAAAGACAAUGGCAGGUUAGAAAUCUCAUGUUUAUUUAUGUACAAGUUAUUGUAUGGUUUUUAAACUAAGCACAACAGAGAUGUUUACUUGAUUCCUUUGGCGUGCAGGACCAAUCUGGUUCUCUGGGCAAAUGGGCAGAAUCUCAUGCUGUAAAUCCUGAUGGAGUCUUUAGGGACUGGACCAGGUGCAGCACAUCCUGAAAAGAAGGAAGAAGAAAGCAUGAUUAUAGGGGUAGCUAAUGAUUAUUUUCAUAAUUGUGUACUUGUUUUUUUGAUCUGUGUUUACAAAAAACCUGGAAAUUACCAGUUUUAACAACAUAAAAUAAAUCUCUUUGCGGGAAUGUUGUUGAGCGACACAACAUCGAAAAACACACUGCCAAUCUGAGAAACACAGAGCGAGUCAUGUGUGUGAACUUAUUUAACAAUGGCUUGAAUUUAAAAGACAUUUGCUUGUUUUUAAGUUUAACACUACACGUUUAAGUGGACACUAGUCCGAACAAUAUAUAGAGUAUAUUUACCAUUGCAGGGCUUAAAGGAUUUAAAAAAAAAAAAGUACAUUACAUGAAGAUUCCAAAGCUACAACAUAUAGAAUACAGCAUCUAUAUUUGGAUAUCAAUAUAAAUUUACUGCCAUCUACACUUUUUAAAUAAGUCUCCUUAACUGAGGUCUCUGCAUGUUUAAUUUAUGAUUCUUUCUUAUUCAGUUAUUUAAAAACAAAACAAAAAAAACACCAGAGCAUAUAAAAGACAAUUUAUACUUAUAAACAUGACCAAAUAUGAUAUAUUUCUUUCACGUAGAAGUUCUACGGUAGAACCUUUAGUGGGAAAUGAGUUCGGUUGAGUUUCUGUUUCAGUUUCAGCUUUGGUAGCAGGCGGUUUGCUGAGUCAUUUUCUUACCUUUAGUGAAAGCCUUCUCAGUUGCCAUGUUGCUGCUGCAGCUUCAGGUGGUGGCUCACGUAUAGUAAAACAAGUUAGAGAGACACAGGAGUGCUCUGUGUCUAUUACAUAACGUCAAUCUGCCAGCUUAGUGGGUGGGGCUAUGACUCAGCAUUAUUUACCACAAGUCAAAUUAUAACAAAUAGUUGAUGAUACACUAGUCAUUGUGACUUAUUUUAGCCCUAUCAACUUCUAUACAUCUACAUUUACUAAUAUAGUUAUCAAUGUGAGCGUUAUCCCCCCAUGUCAUGUUAUUUACAUCUACAUGUGCUGAUAAUUAUCAGUGUGACUCAGCAUUAUUUUAGCCCUAGUCAACUUUUAUACAUGUACAUUUACCAAUACAGUUAUCAGUGUGACUCAGCAUUAUUUUAACGUACAUAGACACACCUUUAUAAAGCAAUUUCAACCACCUGUAUGUAGUAGCUCCACUUGCUAAUCAACACAUAUGUCAGGUAUUAAAGCUUGUUUCUGCUUCAGAAUUAUUUAAUUUCAUUCAAAAUUGUUGUAUUAGUACUAUUAACAAGUUAAAAUACUCGUAAGAGGCCAAUAUAACCACUGGAAUGUAGUUUUUCACUUCCCUAAAGUAAGUUCAGUGCUUAUCUUGUGAAUAAAAGAUUUUUUGUGCCUUUAAUUUCAUUAACGAGGAUAUUAUUAUGUCAUUAUAUUGAUGAUAUUGUAGCUCACUUGGUCCUUUUUACCUAUUGAAUAGUAUGUAAAGGAUUAAUAAAACCUGUAAAUGCAGCUUUUCACUUAGCAAAAUGAUGAUUGUAGCUCUUGAAAAUGAUUAUAGCUCCUGCCAUGUGACUUGAAGAUAGUUUCUCUCUCUGGGUGAGUGAUAUCAAAAAAAGUCCUUUAUAUUUAUUGAAAGGGCAAAUUCAUCCACUAAAAUGUAGUUUCUACUUACCAAACAGUGAUUGCAGCUCUUGUUUUGUAAGUAAAAGUUUGUGUCUUCCUCAUUUCACUAAUGCCUCAGUCCUUUACCUAUUGUAAUGUUUUUAAAUGUUUUUAUUUCAUCUAUAUGGGUUAUAUAUGACGUAUUUUAGCUCACUCGGUUCUUUUAUUAGAAAAUAUAAUGUUGAAAAUAUCAGAAAAUGAGUGGGAUUUUCACUUCCGGGACCAUGCUGUUUUACUGGCGGAAGAAAAAGUAGGUCCUACAAACACGCAGGAACUAGCUCGUGUUCACGAAGUAUAGUAACUUUCUACCGUCCUGAACGAAAUACAAAUAUAUCCCCACACUAGUUAAACGUGUUAAUGUCGAUUUAUUAGCACCAUUUCUUAAAGUUUAAUCGUAGUAGAUGUAGAUGUUGUUGUAUCAAUCCGCCACAUUACGCCGGUCCAGGUUGUCAUGUUGCUAUGGUUACGUAAUACUUGCCAUUGUUUUUUGGGGGAGCCUGAAACAGUUGAAAUCCAGUGUGUGUGGUUCUAAAACAAACUCAAAAUGGAUGACAGUAGAAGUUUAAAAGUCAGGUAAGUAGCUUAACAAAACAGCACAAUGUUUUUAAUUACAUUUGUGCCAACAGUAGCUUAUUUUUGGCUUUGUGUGUGUGUUACUGCUUCUAGGUGGACGCAAGGUUUCACAAACCAGACUGUUGAGUUUGUGGACAAUAGAACAGUUUGUUACGUGUGUGGGAAUAAUAUCUGUUUCCUGAACCUGGAGACUAAAGGUCAGAGUGUGCUCCAGGGUCCUGGCAGGGGCGUUGGAGCUUUGACAGCUAAUGGCAACACUGGGGUUUUUGCUUUUUCUGAGCAAAAACUAUCACCCUCUAUAUUUGUGUACAUUUUCCCUGAGCUUCUGUUGAAGAAUGAGCUGAAAGGAGGAGCGCAGCUGGACUACACCUCUCUGGCCUUAAGUGAUGGUGGUCCUUAUUUGGGCUGUUGUUCGUCUCUUCCAGACCACAUCAUAACAGUGUGGAACUGGGAGACUGCUGAGCCAAUUUGCUCACAACCACAAGCUGGGAAAGAUGUUGUCUCUUUGGCGUUCAACCCCAUGAACUGGCUCCAGCUCUGCGCUUUGUGCAAAACAUCCGUCACUGUGUGGAACAUCGAGAAGAGCGCAAGCUUUCAUGUCCUUAAACCAUGUGUGAUUGAGCUUCCUACAACUGAUGGAUCUGUUGCUGAGAAACACACAUCCACUUCUUAUACAGUCGGUGACCAAUUGUCAUAUUUUGGUCCAGAGAUGCCUCCAUCAGCCAUCGCAGGGCUCAAGGGCAUCGAGGCAGAGAGCAUUGCGGCUGAACUCUUCACUAAAGCCAGACUGACUCCUACUGCCAUUUGUUGGACAGCCACGUCUGAGCUCUGUGUGGGCUGUGAACAAGGAUUCCUGCUCCUCGUUGACCCAGAGAGCCUCUCUGUCUCUGUCAUCGUCAACCCCACAACUCCUGACGCCAUCAGUGAUCAGAGAGAUUCCAGCUUCCGAGGUUUAACCCUUAACAAGAAUGGGUUGAUCGCUGUGGGGAAGGGCUGCUCGGUGCACUGUCUGCAAAUCAAAGGCACUCACAUUGACGUCACACAAACAUGGACGUUAGAAGGACCUGCCACACAUGCGACGCACUCUCCCGACCAUGAAACCUUACUUUUAUCCUCUGAUACAGGUCAGAUUUAUGUGUUGAAUUCUACCCGGUCAGACAAAGUAGUGAAGGUCCUGGACGUCCUCAGUGGAAACUUUGUGGCGGCAGUUUUUUUGCCCACCGAUGAGAACAUUAGUGUGUCAGCGAGGGAUUCUGGAGAAUUGCAGCUGUGGUCUGCAGACGGCGUGUGCCUCGGCUCCCUGUCUCUUCACGCUGAGGUGACCAGUCUGGCCUGUUGUCCUAUUGCACGAUACGCAGCAGUCGGAACAUCGUCAGGGAGCGUCCUCUUUGUUGACCUGAACAGGGAACAAAAGCCUCGCCUGGUGCAUCAGACUCAGCUCUACCACUGUCCAGUGGAUCACUUAGUUUUUGAUCAGGAGGGUCACUACCUUCUCACCGGUGCCUCAGAUUCACAUGUCUAUGUCAUAGAUGCAAAGCCAUCAAAGCAGUUUUCAGUCAUAGGACACGCAGUUGCUCCUGGAGCAGUUUUGUCACUUUCAACUCGGUGCAUCAGAGACCGUGAACAGGUGAAAGUUCUUGCUCUGUGUGGUGGACCGGAGUUUAAGAAUCAGGGUGGUCGCCUGCUCACGCUGCUCUCUCUGUCUGCAAAGGACCUCACAGGUCCUGACUGUGCAGACCGGCACGGCUGUCUGUCUUCUCACGUCCUCAGAGUGUCCAGAUAUGAAGUCCCUCGUCCUCUUCAGUCCUGUGUGCUUGGAGUCAGCGAGGUGUUUGGUUACUGUCACGAGAAGAAAUCUCUCCAACGCUUUCAGCUCCCUGAGGACACAGAUGGUCUCACCGGUCAACAACAUGUGGUCCAGCUGAACCCACAGCAGGAAGUGAGGGCUCAUCCUCUGGGUCCCGCCUGUCUCGCUCUGUCUCCUCAUCACUUAUGGCUCGCCUCUGUGGGCCGCGAUGGUCUGUUACGCAUCAGAGCAACUGCCUCCCUGGAGCUUUAUGCCGAGCUGCAGUGUCACUCGUGUCGUCUCGGCGGAGUUCGGAGUGUGAUGUUCUCCGUCGACGGCCUGACGCUCCUCACUGCUGGCUUCAGAGACGGAUCUGUCAUGUGCACUGAGCUCAGGAUGAAAGGUGUGGAUGCUCAGGUGAUCACAGCUGCUCAGCACAGUCAGUCUCUGGGUCUUUACCUGAAGACUAGAUUCACCGCAGAGAACCCGGUCCUCAUUGACCUGCCCGUGUGGAAACAAGGACGCUGCGCCGUCACUGGAACAUCAGAGAGAAGUGAGGGCAGUGGUGGAGCAGAUUCUCUGGAUGUAACGGAGCCGUAUGAGAGUUUUCACAGCCCGGCGUUGGCUCCGCCUUCACACCCCACCUGGCUGGAAGGCAGACGGGAGGCGGUUAUGAAAGAAGAGAAUGAGAAACAUUCUGAGAUGAAGGAAAAUCUGAGGAGAACCGUGUCAGAGUUGCGUCGCUCUAUUCAGGAGUUGAUGCGUGAAAACGAGAAUCUCCCGGCGAUCGAGCGUCUGCCACAGCAGGAGUUCAACCUGGACGCUGAGGAGCAGAAGCGACUGGAGGUCAUGGUGGAGCAGGAGGUUAAGAGGGUGAGGAAAGAAAUUGAGCGGGAGAUUCUCGCAAAAUGUUACCUCCGUGACGUCCUGAAGAGAGAGUGCUGGGAUUCAAUGAAGGUCAAGGGCAGGGCCAUAAAGGGUUUUCACUCCAAACACGAGGUGAAGAACUACGCCCUGAGAGAGCGCACAGAAAGCGAGGUGGAGGAGCUUCACAGGGUUCAGAACACCAGGAGGAUCGAAAUGGCUGCCAGCUCUUGUGGCCUAAAGAAAAGCUUCAACAUGCACAGCCCUAAAGAGGACGAGCAGGGCGAGGACGAGCACACGGCAGAGAGAGCAGCCGCCGUAACGGGAAGCUUCUCCGCCGAGCUGGGUUAUUCCAACCCGUACAUCUACGAUCAGUUCAGCCUGCAAACCACAGGACAGAUGAUCAGCCAGAUUAUUCUGCUGCAGGAUGUCAUUUAUCGCAUCAAGACGUCUUUCAACGCCGAGUUUGAGGCCGUGCAGAGGCAGAAGUUGCAGGAGCUGAACCGCGUGAAGGACAGGAACAGACUGAUCGGGGACAUCAUGCAGAAGCUGGACAUGGACAACGAGCAGCUGUGGGAGCCCAGUCUGAGCUGCAGCGAGUGGCCGGAGAGGCUGCUCACUGUGGACGACUCUGAGAUAAAAGCAGAGAAGUUCCUCACCGCUGAGCAGAAGAGGGAGGAGGAGAGGAAGAAGCUGGAAGAGCAAAGACGUUUGGCUGCCAAGGGUGAUAACAGCAGAGAAAGAGCUCUCCAUGACAUGAUGGAGGGGAUGCUGGAAGUGAAAGAAGAGGACAUCUUAAAAAUGGAAAUACCUCCGCCUGAGUUUGUGUUGACCAGAGACGAAGAUCAGUGGAGUGAAGAGGAGAAGAAAGUCUACAAACUGUAUGAAAAGAAAACCAAAGCCCUGAGUGAAGAGAAAGACAAAUACAAAAAGCUACUGGAAACUGAGAUGAAAAAACUGCAGGCGUCCAACAGGGAAGCAACGGAGAGGUUUGACGAAACGCUGACAAAACUGUACAAGAAGAAGUUUAAGUGUGAAAUGGCCAUUUAUCAGGAGGAGCUCAGGAUCACGUAUCUUCUUUACUCCGUGCUCACAGAAGAGGAGAUGAGGAAUCGAGAGCUGGAGCUCAAGCUCAAACUUGAGAGAACGCUGGCAUACAAGGAUGAAACUGGAGAGGAGGUGAGGAGACAUGAAGAGGAGGUAGAACUCUUUCACGAGGCCUAUGACGUCGUCGUAGCCGAGGAUAAAGUUCUUGACAAAGAUUUCAGGAAGGACUUCUUGGAUGUACCGGCGCAUGUUGUCGAUCACUUGUACAAACUCUUCAAGCGCAGACCCAGGCUUCAAAAGCUGAGGACUCAGACCGACAGCAAACCCAACGUGCUUAAAGAGCAGCGUCUCUGUGGUUCUCUGGCUCCAGACGCUCUUGGCAAAAUGCUCAAGGCCGUGGAGGAGCUGGACGCGCCGGAAAAUACACCAGAGGGUCUGAACACGUCCGUCUGGGAGAGGUUCUGCCUUGUGCGCAGAGCAAAAAUAGAGAGUGAACAAAAGGUAAAAGAAAAAGCUUUGACUUUUGCUGAGAUGCAGGCGUUUCUGCAGAAGAGGAGAGACGAGAACAAAGCCGCUGAGGAGGAAAUCAAAAAUCUCUCUGACGAACUCGAGAGUCUACAUAAGGAGAAGAACCGUUUCAUGAUGGACGUCAUGGUCCAGGUCGUCCUCAAACAGGGUCAGGUGUCCACCAAGACUGCGUCUGACUUCACUGACGCUGUGCUGCUCCACAUGAGUGUGGUGGGAGACCUCAACAGAACCAUCAGGACGCUUGCAGAGCAGAAGAUCACCUCCAUGGUGGAGUGUAAAGACUUCAGCAAAGGCACCAUCCAGCUCGGGUGGGAGAAAGAGGUGAUGAGGAUGCAGAUAGAAGAUCUCAACAACAAGGCGAGGGACAUCCGGAUGUUGCAUCUGUCUGAGGCGCAACAGGACUAUCUCAACAAGAUCGAUCGAGACAGUCGUGCGUCCAAACAGAUUUCCAUCCUGGAGAAAACAAUAGCUUUUCAGGAGAAGACUCAUCUACACAACGUGCAGCAACGCGUCAAAAAGAUUGAGCAGUUCAACAGGCAGGCGGCAAAGAAGGAGAGCGAGAACAUGAGUUUAGAGCAGGAGCUGCUCAAUAUGCAGGUGUCAGGUGCAGAGAUGAGGAACAUCCACGAAGCCAUAGCGUCACAGGAAAACCGCGCAGCCACAACCGAGGAGCGCUUCAGGGAAAUAGUUCAGAAGAAGAACCUGGAGGACUUGGCUCGAGCGCAGGCCGAAGAUCUGGUUCUCCUCUGGGCAGAAGUGGAGCGUCUGCGGAGGAAGAACUUCCCUUCACUCGAUCAGCUGAAACACAACUGA